GCUUCAGCUUUGCCUAUUCCUAUGUAAUGCGGGUAGAAAGUCCACAUAAAAAAUAACAAGCAAAACCCGAAAUCGAAAACUCUUCUAAGAAAAGUUGUUUGAAAAAAGACAAAACUCCACCUUCAAAGCCAAAGCUGAAGCUGUAUCCCACUCGGGACAAGGCCUAACUGUGGGAACUCUCGCUACAGAGUACAAGCAUUUAGCAACAAAAGCUACAGAGAAAAAUUGUCUGAAACCGAACAUGGAGAAGAUAGAGCACACCGUGGUGACCACCAACGGCAUAAAAAUGCACGUGGCAUCGGUUGGUUCAGGUCCGGUAAUUCUUUUCCUGCACGGCUUUCCCGAGCUUUGGUACUCCUGGAGGCACCAGCUUCUUUCCCUGUCAUCCCUCGGGUACCGUUGCGUGGCUCCCGAUCUUCGUGGGUUCGGUGAUACCGACGCGCCUCCCUCGGCGACUUCAUACACUGUUUUCCACAUCGUGGAGGAUCUCGUUGGCCUUCUCGACGCGCUUGGUGUUGACCAGGUGUUUUUGGUGGGGCAUGAUUGGGGUGCGGUUAUCGCUUGGUAUUUUUCCCAGUUCAAGCCUGAUAGAGUCAAGGCUUUGGUCAACAUGAGCGUGGCGUAUCCGCCUAGGCACCCCACGGAAAAGCCCGUGGAACAACUCAGGGCUUUGUUUGGUGACGAUUAUUAUGUUUGCAGGUUUCAGGAACCUGGGGAGAUUGAAGAAGACAUUGCUCAGAUGGAUACUGCAAAAGUUAUGAAGAUAUUUCUUACAUCUCGCAAUCCACGUCCACCUUGUAUUCCUAAAGAAACAGGUCUCAGAGGUUUCCCUGAUCCUCCAGCGUUGCCUUCUUGGCUUUCAGAAGAAGACAUCAAUUACUAUGCUAGCAAAUUUAAUCAAAAAGGAUUCACCGGAGGACUGAACUAUUACCGAGCUUUGAAUCUAAGCUGGGAACUGAUGGCACCAUGGACUGGAUUACAAAUCAAAGUGCCAGUUAAAUUCAUCGUGGGCGACCAGGACAUUACCUACAUCCCUGGUGUCAGGGAAUAUAUACACGAGGGUGGAUUCAAGAAACAUGUGCCUUUCUUGCAGGAAGUAGUUGUCAUGGAAGAAGUAGCCCACUUUCUAAACCAAGAAAAGCCCGAGGAGAUUAGCAUGCACAUUUAUGACUUCAUUAAGAAAUUCUGAUUCUCAUCUCCUAUGGUACCUGACCUCCCUUGACGUUCAGAUUCUACAAUAAAGUGUUAAGACGUUGCAAUGGACCUGCUUAGCUGUUUUUGAUGCUUUCCUUUUUUUCUUCCAACUAGUGGAAUAAGUGUUGGUGCAGUGCCUUAUAUACGCUUAUGGAACUCAAAGUUGGUUCUGAUUACAUAUAAGAUACUAUGGAGAAUAAAGAGGCUGUGAUAAAGGUCUUGCUAAGAAGUCAAGGCUAGUCGGUCACUUUUAAGCGUUCAGUUCAUUUGUCUAUCGAACUGAAGCUUUAUAAUAAUCUUCAUCAAGCAACUUAUUUUCAAUCGAGAUAUUCCAUUUAACAUUACAAAGUAAAAUAUGAAUGAAAUUAACAAUUUACUACUAUCUUCAA